GACGCCAGGCAGCCGCCCCCACCGUCUCCGCCCCGAGAAAGGCCGGAGGCCGGCGUACAGCUGCCUCUCGGGAGGAGAAGGAAGAGGGGCCGCUAGAGGGAGGGAAGACGUGAGGCGUAGGGGAGGAAGAGGAGCCCAGGACCAGCCCCACGCACGAUUGAUGGGCGGUUCUUCUGUUGUGGGCCUGCCCACCCGCUCCAGCAAGGGGCGAAAGUGCUGAUCCCCAAGGAGCAGCAGAGGGUCCGUCUUUCGGUUUUUAACCCCAUCGUUUUCUGAAAAGAGGGGAACAGACUUUAUUCUAUGCAGGUUGAGAACUAAGAACCAUGUUGCAUGAAGCAAGGGACAGGCAGAAGUUCGUCAGUGAUGUCCAAUACCUGCGGGACAUGCAGCAUAAAGGGGACUCUGAAUAUCAGGCUUGUUUGAAACGACAGGAAUACAAAAAAGACCCGAAUGAGAAGAGACAGGACCAGAUGUGGGGGAAAGACUCAAGUGACAAAUCUCGGUUUUCAAGCGGGUCGUCAUCCAAACAGAGCUCCUGUGAGGAGGAUUCUUUAAGUGAACCAAGAUCAUGUACCAAAGUACCUACGGGGAAGUGUGAGCCCAGACUUCCAGCCAUUGACCAGACACCUGUCAAGCAGAAACACAAAAGUACCAUGACCCCAAAGAAGCCGGAGAAAGUGAGCCCCAGCAAGCCCCCUCCAGCGUCACAAGCACCAAAGAUUUUAUCAAGGAAGAGGAGGCCAAACCUGGGGAGACUGACAGUCAGCCCAGAAAUGCACGGCCCGAGAUCAUCCGGAGAGAGAAGCAGACAGAAACUCCAGCUGUCAGCGAAGGCACCGGCAGUCCUGGGACCAGAUCCGACUGUCCAACAAGAAAGCCUGAAGUGUGCAAAUGAGACUAAGCUAAAGAGGCCAGCUCGAGAGAGAAGAAACCUAGCCACACCGUCGCAGCUCGUGAGAAUCGCCGGGAAGUCGCUGGAAAGGCAGAAAAAAGGAGAGCCAAGCGCGCGUGUCCCGAACGAGCCCCACACCACCCUCGCACAGACCUUCCAGCCAGGGAGCGGUCCUCAAGCGCUGAGUGAGCCCUUGGGACCGCCACUCCUCCCCACCACAGCGGUAGGGCCAAGAAGGGCACCAUUUCGGUUCCACGACGAGGAUUUUUACUCCGCGUUAUCGCUGACCGGUGAGCACGAGCACUAUGACACGGAAGAAGAGACGCACAUGGAGGAAGAGCAGCUGCUGGUGGGCAUGCGCUCUCCUCCCAGCCAGAAGAGGAGCCGGGUUCUAGGGACGUCGGCCACUCAAAGCAGAAACGCUGAGGAAAUUGCUGAAAGCCUCAGAGAAAAUUCUCUAAGAUGGAGCGAGCCCAAUCCUGGGCCUCCAAGGAAAAGCGGCCCCGCGGAGGCGGCAGCAAAGCAAAGGACGAGCCAAGAUGCCAGGCGACCUGGGGAGUCGGCGGAGGAGGGCCCCGGCGGAGGCCAGGAGGACGGGAAGAGCCCUGUCCCCGGGGACCCCGACCUGGACGGCGCCAUACGAGUGGGCGCCGACGACCAGCCGUGUGACAGUCCGAUGGAAGACAGGCCCGCUGCCCACAGUGCCCACAGCCGCGAGAGGGACUGGCAAAACUACCUGAGCGGUUCGAGGAGCUCGUUCGACUGCCUGCUCUCCGGGAGACCCAGCGCCCCGAGGGCGGCCGUGGCGGCGCCCUUCAGCCCGCACGGAGCCGCGCUGCACUCCGCCCUGGUGGACGACCUCCCGGCCGGCCUGGCCGUCGCGCCCCUGCUGGGCCCCAGCUCCGACCUGGAGGAAAGCCUCAGGUUCAACGUCCGCCGGCCGCUCUCCCCCAUCCGAAACCGGAACCCGUCGGCCACGGCCGACAGCAGCCGCGGCGACGACCCCCGGGGGGCCGAGGAGGCGGCCUCCACCAGCCAGGCUCAGCGCGCCGAAGACGGAGCCACUCCCCAGAGCGGCGCGGCCCUGGGGGAUUCUCCCAGCUCCCCCACGAGAAGACAUUUGCAAGGCCGAUUCUAUAUGCCUAGGUCCCUGCAAGAGAACAUUCCGUUUACUUUUUUUGCAGUAUCUGAUCUACAAAGUCAAAGUGAUAACGGGGCCCUCGUCAGAGUCUCCGGUGACAAGGACGAGAAGGGGGCCGCAGAAAUAAAGGCAGACCCCGAGAAACUCAGGAAAUUGCAAGAAAGUCUCCUGGAGGAGGACUCGGAGGAGGAGGAGGGAGACUUGUGCCGCAUCUGUCAGAUAGCCGGGGGUUCCCCGAGCAACCCCCUCCUGGAGCCUUGCGGCUGUGUGGGAAGCCUGCAGUUUGUUCACCAAGAGUGCCUGAAAAAGUGGCUGAAAGUGAAAAUAACAUCAGGAGCAGAUCUAGGCACGGUAAAGACCUGUGAGAUGUGUAAGCAGGGCCUACUGGUCGACUUGGAUGACUUCAACAUGACUGAAUUCUACCACAAGCACCAGCAAUCCCGGGCCCAGAGCGAGCUCAUGAACUCAGGCCUGUACCUGGUGCUGCUGCUCCACCUGUACGAGCAGAGGUUUGCAGAACUCAUGACACUCAACUACAGACGGGCUUCCAGAGAGAGGUUGUCAAGAAAUUACCCACAACCCAGACCGGAAGAAAAUGAAAGUUCCGAGUCGGGAGAUGGUAAUGAAAGCAGCGUUUACCAAGGCCGGGUCAUCUAGCAGGGGAGCUGGUCGCGGAGGGCAGCAGAGACCUCUCCACCCGGAAGCCCUUUCUCCGUUCCCCUGCGCCCCCCUUCUUCCCUCCUCUUUACUGAAACCGAAGCCAAUGUGUUCCCAGUUACCAUCCUCACCCGUGCCACU